AUGAAGUGGCCAAGCCAUACUAUCUUGGUGAUGGCGACUCAUCCGAUCUUUCCCCGAACAAUUGUAGCGGACCGUGUUCCCCAUAUUACCCCCGGAAAACGACUAUCUAUAAACCCCCCGGAUCCCACACAUAUUGAUACUUCUCGAAAGAUAGUUGCCAUCCAGAAUACCGCUAGGGCCUUGGGUUGGACCUCCACACCAGAUUGGCCGCUAUCGUGGCGUAUAAUGAUUCUCCUCAAUAUCAGUUUUUACAACAUGAUGGGAAAUAUCUUUACUUCCGGCAUUCCUCCUCUUUUCAGUCUCCUUAUUGAAGAUUUUCAUUGUUCUGCCAAUGAAGCAGCACACCUGACAACAUAUGCCUUGCUCAUGCUAGGGCUUGCUAAUUGUUGGGCUGUACCGGUGGUGGAAUAUUUGGGCAAGCGAUAUACUAUCCUCAUAUCGAUGGCCGUAUUUCUCGCAGCGAACAUCUGGGCUGCAACGGCGCAGUCGUAUUCUUCACUACGAGCAACAAGAUUUCUCGGAGGCAUUUCCGGUGGAGCUAUUGAAGCAUUGGGGCCAUUGAUCGUCUCGGAAUGCUUCUCAGAGGGACAACUCGCUAGUGCCAUGGUUGUUUACGUUGGGUUUUUGGCAGCUGGGUCAUCCAUUGGUCCUAUCGUGGCUGGUGGAAUUGCAUCCGGCUUACAUAGCUGGCGAUGGUUCUUUAUCGUCACGUCUAUCGCAACUGGUAUCAAUCUUGUGAGCUGCAUAUUAAUGCUUCCAAGUACGUCUCACACAGUCGAUAACUGUACCUCCGACGAUGCGACUCAACAAAUCAAGAGCACGGGUACUGUCAACCAGGCGGAAUUUGUGACUCCGUCUACAGACAACGAAACACGGUUAAGUGAAAAUCUGUGGAAAUUGUGGAUUCGACAAUCAUUCUCUCUUCGAACUGAUCGUGUCGGACAUAAAGAAAACCCACUGAGAUUAUUCAUUCGCCCGUUUCCAAUGUUACUAGUUCCUGAAGUGCUAGUUACAACUCUUGUCUUCGGUCUAACUAUAGGCUGGGUAGUUGUGACGUCUGUCCUUGUUAGCACUCUAUUUGCAAUGCCCCCAAAUCUGUGGCCUUCUUGGAAAAUCGGCUUUCUCAAUUUUGGACCGCUUGUAGGCUUGGUGAUCGGACUUCCGGUAGGUGGUGCAGUUGCCGACCUGUUGUCUAGAAGGGCAACGAAGAAUUCCGACGGCGAGCAUGACCCCAGAAGUAGGUUGCCACUUGUCUUGCUUGGAGCAUUACUAAGUCCUACUGGAUGUGUGAUUAUCGGUUGGUCUUUGAAUAAGGAUCUACUCUGGGCGGGUACGACUGUCGGAUGGGGUUUGCUGGCGUUUGGGCUAACCAGUUCAGCCAAUAUUCUUUUGACAUACUGCGUGGAUUCUCACCGAUCUCGGGCUAUGGACGUUGGAGUUCUUGUCAAUGUCAUCAAGAAUACUAUAGGUUUUGGGGUUUCAUACGCUGCCAUCGAUUGGCGUUCUAAAUCUGGUGCAGAGGCACAGUACGGAACAAUGGCUGGAAUCUUGUGGGCGUUCUAUCUUCUGGUGAUUCCCCUUUACUUUUUCCGCGACUCACUGAGGAAGAUAACUGCUCGUAAUUUCGCACAUAUGACAGAUGCAGUAGUUAUCACUCCCUAGUUGUACAUACCUCCUUGGCUUAUUUAUCGG